AUAAAAAAAUCACUCAAACUAUUGGGAAAUCCACAAUUUGCAAGCGGUACUUCUUAUAUUAGAAGAUAAUUCCUGCUUAUUUUCGAGUUUGGUAAACCAUAAUUUGGACCAAGAUAUUUUGAGUGGUCAUAGGUAUUUAAUAAUGAAAUACGUUAUAGAAAUUUACUUUGACAUUCGACUUAAGUAUGAAUGUAAAGUUAAUAAUUUAGGAAAGGAAACUUUAAGGAACCAUUAAGAUAGCUCUGUUUAAAGGUCAAUAAAUUAAGAAGCAAUGAAAAUAGUUUUUUUUUAAUUAAUGCAUUUUUUCAUAAUGUCAUAAUAAUAAUCUUGACAAAAACAGUCUAUGUAACAACUUUGUCCAAGGAUCGAACAUCUAACUUCAAUAAGUUAUCGAUGGUCCUCCAAAGUAAAAGGUACAUCACUAGCUAAUGCACACACUGAAAAAUCAAAAUUGGUCACGCUUUAUCAGCUGUCAGUUCGUCUAUACGCUCGUGUAGUGGUGCCAUAAGUCUAUGGUCUGCGUAGCCCCCGUUAAAACAAAGCCGAGCCAUUAUGUUGUUGUCAUGGCAACACUGGCUUUAGUUUGACAUUAGAGGCGCUUGUUUCUAUUUUGUAAAUCAAACCAUUAUUGUAAAAAAAACUAAUCAUCCAAACACAGCUGAUUGGUAGUUUUUCAAAUUACAUACAUUUUGAUUGGUCGAUACUAAUGGAGGUAUGUUAAAUUCAUAGAAAACAGUAUGAUUAAACAAAAAUCUAAAAUUUCAAACUCGAUUUUUCAGCCGCUUUUUUGUAACAAAACAAAAACUGUUUAAAAUUAUUUUUAUUUCGUCUGAGAAAGUGUAUUACCGUCAAAACAAUUUUUACAACCCGUGAAAGAUCAAAAUGAGUACCUCCAGUGCAUUUAGUAACGGUGCCGCCUAGAAUUUUUAAUAACUGACGUAAUCAGGCCGUGACUACCAAGAUACGGUCAGCUUUCAACGAAAUUAUCUUCCGUUUUGAGUGAGAUUCUAAAUUGAUACGGUGGGUGGACGCGGGGGAGCUUUCAUUACAUUGGUUUCAAUUAGCCUGAGUGUUCAGUUGGGUGAGUUCAGUGGCUGUAUUCGUUCGCUACGUGAAGUGGGUCUGGCUGUGGCUGUUUCUGGUGCUGAUGUAAUCCAGGGCGCAAUGAACGACCCGUGGGACGUGAAGUCCGUGCGGCACUCCAGCCAGUACUCCUCGUGUAUGAAACUCUAUGGAGUACCUCUGCUGCCGCCACUUCUUUCAAAAGAAUGUAGGAAAGAGAUGCAAUACUACAAACUCUUGGCGAAAGAGGUGGAGAACAGGAUCGCAACCCUCAAGACCUUAGUCUCCUGUGAAUCUGAUACUGACAAGACGGAAGCCGCAGAGCUUUCUGGAUUCGAAUGUGACAGCCCUCCACCAGAACCCCAGUCCCCGUUUAACACAAGUGGAAAUAAAUCACACCUUGUGGAAUCCCUUCAGGAGGCACACAUACAUGAGACACCUAAAUCCAAUAAAUAUAACAAAGAAAAUGUUUCCAACAGAAACAAUGUGUCAGCAGACAAUCUUGAAUUCAUAGGUAAUGGAAGGCCUUCAGGGAUGGACAGCAUGAGUUUGGGUAAAAAGGCAAUUGAUCCUCAAAUACCUGAAAGGGACUGUGAUGGUCUACAGCAGACUCCUGCCAAAGAGUUGGAUGUGGACACUGUAUCAGAAGUAUCACCAAACAAGCAUAAAGAUCUAUUAAUAUUCAGAGAUCUGAACCAUGAUAUACUGGACAAAUAUUUCCCUACAGACUUGAAUUUGAACCAAGAUGGGCCUUCAUCACUAAGCUCUAAAAGCUUCACGGGCUCACUGAUAGACAUUCACACUGAAAGCCUGAAGGAGUCUCAAGGAAAGCCAACUUUAGUGCGACAGAGCUCCUACACGGUGCUACAGCCGAGUCCACAACUCCUGGCUCACCUUGAAGUACAGUCCAUGAGCACAGGAGUGGACAUGCAGUCAAUAUCUAUGAGCGAUUCCGUUUCCAAUCUCACAAUGCAGAACAAUAAGAAAAGGAGAAUAUGGGAUCUGGAAACUGCUAAGAAUAAGUGGUCAACCAUGGCUCUGGAGCUUGACCGUAAAAGUAAUGCUAAGAACAAAGAGGUUCCCAAGAGUGCAGGGAAGCCAGUCUCUAAAGUAUCUCCACCAGCAAGGUCUAAGUCUGCUGCUGACAAGCCUCGUAGAAGCAGUUUCAACAGUAAAUCACCCCCUAAAUCUGAACCAGCCAAACUAACACCAAAAAAGAAUGGCAAUUCCAGUGUUACCUGCUCUACACCUAAAACAGUAACCAAAGAUUGUGUAGACAAAUCUCCUAAAUCUAUGCCUGUGGCUUCCAAACAAGGAACUCAAGCAAAAACAAGCAACGGCAAUACACCUCCAUCUCCCCGCACUCCAGUGAAUGGAAAACCCAUCAUAACUCCCUCAGAAGACCCGGCAGCCAAAGUGAAAGAGUUGUAUGAAAAGAUACAGAAACAGCAGCUCUUACAAAUGGCCACUUUAGUGGAGAAACAGAAACGCGAGCAGCAAUUGUUGCAAGAAGUCUUUCAAGAACAGAACAACCUUCUUUACAGUCAGCUGAAAACAGUGUGUCCUAAGUCUCCUAUAGAAGCGCGACCGGCGUGGGGGGAAGAAGUGGACAGCGGGCCCGUGAGCCUGAGCCAGCUGAUCAACAAGAAGGACAUCUCUCCCACCUCCACCCUCACUCACACCAGCAAAUACAUCAACUACUGCGACGAUGUGCUUAAAAAAAGCCGAGACAUCACAAGCAGUUUAAAGAAAUCUACGACUCCGACUCUUCGAACGAAAUCCGCGCGUCCCGUGUCCCCAACCGACCCUUACAGGACGCGCACCAACUCUCCCAACCAAUCACCAAGCUCUACUCCUCGCCGCCUGGAUUCUACUUCCAACGGGCGCGAGUCCGAGUUGAUUCUGACAGACCGGACCAACGACACGCUGGCGGAUUUGAAUGUGACGUUUCCCACGGACGAGAGCGAAGGCCACGACACGGUCAUCCGACAGAUGUGUCUGCAGGAGCUCACGGUGGUGCGCGGGGGCCGCGUGACGUCACUGUCUGCGCGCCUGCCCAGCAGCAGACGGAAGAUACACUACUCGAACCCUACGCCUGAAGAGCGCGCGGCCGCAUCGACCAUCGUAGCCUACGCACGGGGCUACCUGGUCCGUCGUCUCAUGCGCACGGAGCGAGUGCAGGCGACCGUGCAGACCAUCCGCGACGCGCUGCUGUGCGCCCUGCAGCUGCACCAGGACCGGGGCGGGAUUCGUGGCGCUGAUGUGGAUCUGCAUAGAAGGCUGAUACAGCAGAUAACAGCAGCAUGCUACUCCCUACACGACACGUUCGUGGCGGCGCCGGCGUCCGCCCGGUGCGCGGCCAUCGCGGCGGACCGCGCGCGCCGCCGGGCGCUGCUGCAGCGCGCCACGCCGCCGCCCCGGGGGAAGCGAGUGGACAUAAUGUCACAAAGCCACAUCGGAGUCUUCACGCGGCCCCGGAAGACCCCCCCUUCCGCCAUGACUCAGUCCAACUACGAGAGUUUUAGCGACUUGACCCGUCCGUCCCGGGUGCGGCGGCCGUGGCGCUGACCCCGCGGCCCCGCGCACACGCUGGGGGAGGGUCUCACCAGACCCGAUUGGUAGUUCUGCCGACGGUAUGCCCGACCAU